GUGAAAAAUGUCAUUCGUCCCCGCUAUUAUUCCUCCGAAUUGGGUAUUCGUGAGAAAAUCUUUAUUGGUGUCAUGACAACCCAAGACAACAUCAAUACAUUGGCCACAGCGAUAAAUCGCACAACAGCUCAUCUAGUGAAUAAAAUUAAAUUCUUCAUCAAUGCCGACAAUGUUAAAACCAAUUACAAAUUAAAGAAUAUUGUUGGUUUCACAGACACACGGGAAAAUCUGCGACCAUUCCAUGUCAUCAAAUACAUUGCAGAUAAUUAUCUAGACGAUUAUGAUUAUUUUCUAAUCAUACAAGACAACGUUUAUGUGGAUGCACGAAAAUUGAAAGAGAUGUUGUAUCAUAUGAGCAUAACAUUUGAUCUAUAUAUGGGAGCAACUGCUGAGAGCAGUUACAGCAGCUAUGGCGUCAACAAUAACGCGGGUAGAGAUGGGGUUAUGGCGGCGGCCGCUUUGUCUGGCAAUGUAAUUGAUGGUGAUAGUAAUGCUGGCGGUGUUGAUGCUGCCGCUGCUAGUAAUGAUGAGUUUCGUAUGUUAAGCGAUCGUAAUUACUGUGAUUUAAAUGCUGGCAUUUUAUUGAGCAGUAGUGUUAUACGCAAAAUGCGCAACAAUUUAGACUGGUGUGUUCGGAAUGGCAUCACCAAUGUUCAUAGUAUUAAUAUUGGUCGCUGUGUUAAAUAUUCCAGUAAUUUACCGGGUUGCCAGGAAAAGUUUCAGGGAAUUCAACAGAGGACGUACGCUUUGAAGACAAGUACAAAAUUAUUUAAAGAUUUAAAUUUAUUAGCUAAAGAUGAGGCAUUUCGUAAUGCCACCACAAUAUAUCCGGUCACAACAACUGAUGAUUUUUAUAGACUUCAUGCUUAUUUCUCAAAGUAUCAUUUAGAAAUUGUCCAUCUUAAUAGCGGAGAAUUGGAACAGAAAUCAUAUCGCAUUGCCAAUGGUACGAUAUCGAAUAAUAUCCUCGAAAUAAGAUGGCCCCUAGGCGUACCAUUGGCCAGUGCGCCUGAGACACGACACGACAUCCUCAUGUGGCAUCUCAUAAAUCGCACUCAUAUAUUUUUACCAAAUGGUGAGAAUAAUAUCGAAACAUUAAGUACAAUUGAAUCUUUAGAUUUGAACAAAGUGCUCGACAUAACCAUACAAUAUGCAAAAACCAAAUUUCCCACCAUGAUUAACACCGGCAUACAUAGUAUCUAUAGAAGGUUUGAUGCUACACGGGGUAUGGACUAUCAAAUACAUUUAAAUAUGCGUGAUACGGGGAGAAUGUCGGCGCUGACACAGAGGAAUAGUAUAAUAAAAAGUUUUCAAAUUGUAAAACCUUUGGGACGGGUGGAAGUGGUGCCAUCACCUUAUGUUACGGAAAGUACACGUAUAGCCAUACUGGUGCCUACGUUUGAACAUCAACUAGAGGAUGCUUUGGAUUUCAUAACACAAUAUGAAAAGAUAUGCAUGCACAAUCAGGAUAAUACAUUUUUAUUAAUGAUUUUCAUGUACCGUUAUGAUUCCUCUAGCAAAGGAGACACUGAUCCCUUUAAAUCUCUCAAAACUCUUGCCUUAGAUUUAUCUUCAAAAUAUAAAACUGAUGGUUCUCGCAUUGCUUGGGUAUCCAUACGUUUGCCUUCGAUGUUAAGUGAUCCCAUACCCUCUGAAAAUGUAAUGCUCAACUCUUUAUAUGGCCAUAAUGAAAUUCUAAGUGUGGCUGUAGCUGAUCUUGCCCUGCCUAAAAUUGGCUUAGAAAGUCUAGUCUUAAUGGCUUCAAAUUCUAUAACUUUCAAACCCGACUUUCUUAAUCGGGUUCGCAUGAAUACCAUACAAGGUUUUCAAGUUUAUUCUCCGGUGGGUUUUAUGAUGUAUCCUUGUAAAUUGGCUGGAUUCUGUAAAGAAUGUGAGACAUGUGAUGUUAGUCAAAGUACGGGUUAUUUUGAUAAAUGGAAUUAUGAUGUUAUAUCGUUUUACAGUCGAGAUUAUGUACAAGAAAAUUAA